AUGGUUCCAAUUUACUCAAUUUAUUAGAGGAAAUAAAGGUGGAUUUGAAGGAAUAGAAUUUGAGAAUAUCAGCGUAAAAGAUACUUCCUUAAUUGGUGGAAAUUUUGAAAGAUGCAAUUUCAAUGGAUGUGAAUUUGAUAACAUAGAAUAAACUUGAGUUAAGCAUGUUUAUUUAAUUGCAAAUGAAAGGAUAUCAAAAUAAUUGA